AAUUUGUUACCUUGCCAAGGACCAGCUAACUUUAAAUAGCAGCCAAGAAAAAAACAUGAUGAUUCAUACCCCUACCCGAGAAAAUGAGGAGCUCACUCUUUGGGUCCUUUUCUAUUCUCCACAUUCUUAUUCUAUCAUGUAUUCUUCUCACACCAACAACUCUUUCCUCUGAUGGAGAUGGUGACGAUGAUGGUGAUUUGGUGGACCAGAUAUGCCGAAAGACUCCCUUUUAUGAUCUCUGCAGCUCCAUCUUACAUUCAAAUCCCAUGGCCCCCAAAAGUGAUCCAAAGGGUAUGGCCCUCAUAAUGGUGAACAACAUUCAGGAAAAUGCUACUGAGACACUGAGUUACAUUGAAGAGUUGAUCAAGCAAACCUCAGAUGAACAAUUGGAGCAGCAACUGGAUUUCUGCGCAGAGUCAUACAUCCCAGUUGUGAAGUACAUUCUCCCACAAGCAGCCGAUGCCAUAAGCCAAGGUCGAUUUGGGUUUGCCAGUUACUGCAUAGUUGAUGCUCAGAAGGAAGUAAAUGCCUGCGACAAGAAAUUUUCUGGCUCAUCUCAGGCACCCUUAAGUGAUAGAAAUGACAUUAUGCAGAAGCUGGUGGAUGUGGCUGCAGCCAUAGUUAAACUACUAUUAAAUGGUUGAUUAAUUUGAUUUCUUGUAGCAUUUAGUAAUUAUUAGAGCUCUUAUUCUUAUUCCAUGAAUAAAUGCUUUAGAUGAUUGAGUUUGUA